AUGUCGAAGGGUUUCACGUGCGCUCUGGUUGUUGUGGCUGUUUGCGCACUAGCGGGUUCGGUGUCAGCGUCCCACGUGCAGCUGCCAGCAGUUUACCCGCUCGUGAACAUACUUCUGCCCCUUCUGAACAACGUGUACAACCUACUUCUAUCCCUUCUCUCGAUCUUCGACUCCCUCCCACCAGCCAUCAGCUGCCUCAUCCCAGUGGACUUAUCAGCUCUUGAAACGUCUCUACUAAAACUCUACUCCCAAGCUUUGGCUAUUGUGAACUUCUUAAGAUCUCUACCUGAAUAUGCAAUUGGCGCGAACCCAAAAACCCCAGCGUCCGGACUCACCAGCGUCCAAGGCCUCCUCACCAGCCUUGUUGCAGCCAUCACUGAUCUCACAGAUGAUGUACUGGUCGGUAUUGGGGGUGCUCUGCUACCAGGUCUUCUCCAGCUGGUUGUAUGCGUCGUCCAGGCCCUGCUUCACCUGCUUAUUUAA